GGAAAAAUUGUGAUGGCAAAUGCGAGCUCAGCCAAAAAAGCACGUCCCACAAUCAAUGUGGCGAUACACCCGAACUCCGUUACUCCACCCACAAACGGGGGAACCAGUGCGUCCGAUGGCGAGUAUAAGUUCAUUUUCUACGACGAGAUAGCGCAAAUCAUGCGCGGUUAUGGUGACUGUGAAAAACCGCUACGAGAGUCCGUGAUUCUCGUGGAGAAAAUAGUGCUCCAGCAACUUCGGGGCAUCAUGCAGGAAGCGAUCGACCAUGCGAUGUCGCGCCCAAACUCGCCUACGCUUUCGCGGCGCGACUUUGAGUACAUCAUGCGCAACAAUCAGGUCCGCGUGGCCCGAAUGCAGAAGUACUUUCGUGACAUGGCCAUGAUGAAAAAGCGGCUGCGAGACAUGUACGGCGAUCGGUUCUCGCAUCUUCAUCUCGGGGCCAACUCGGAACCAUCCGAUGACGACUCGGAUCGGGAGGCGCAGGAAAAGAAAGACGAGGAGAAGGUGCGCCGGUUGGUUCGUGCGGAUCACAUCUCGCAAUUCCUGUCCGGCAAACAGUACGAGGAGUUUAACUUUGCGCGCCGCACUUCCUUCAUGCACCGCAACGCGGAAACAAUGAAAAGCCGGAUGCGAGCAUGGCUCAACAUCCCGGAGGAUGUAAACAUCACGCAGAGCUGCCUGCUAACGUUGGCCUACUUGGCCCAUGAAACUAUUGCGGUGCUCGUAGACUUCUGUAUCCUCACGCGGCUCAACUCUUCCAACCGGGUCGUCGAACCAUACAGUCGAAUUACUUCAUCAGGAAAGUCCCACAAUAUGCUCCACCUCUGCUCGGAAGUUACGCAAGGAAGAGGCCUCGACGGAGUGAAACCGAUCACGCCCCAGGAAAUUCACGAAGCAAUGCGGCGACACAGGCAAAUGGCUACGAGAAGCUCCGGUCGCUAUCGGAAUGCUCUCAAUUUCAAAGCCCCUUACUUGGCAAUGUAAUGUAUGGCGGACGUUACGGAGUAUCGAAUGUAGAUCCGUCGGUGG